UAUUAAAUUUCUGCUGUAUCAACAGAAAGAAUGUCCACUACCAGUGCUCCUGUGUGAUGUCACUGUGCUCUCAGCCCCUAUAUAAACUGCGGAAAGGUUUAGAAAGCCUCUGAGUUUCAUAUCAAUGAGACUGAAGAUAAAGUAUUGCAUUUCAUUGCUUUACCAGAGCCUCUACCAGCACAAAGAGAUGAUCAAGAACAAGCAGCAGACUAGGCUAGGACUGGCACUAGCUUUUCUUGCCAGUUUAAAUGUUAUCUAUGCCUUCCCCAACUCUUCUCCAGUAAUCAAUGCAGGCUGGGGGGUCUCUGACAGAUUGAUGCACCUAUAUACGGCCAGUGACUGGAACAGCUUCCACCUACAGAUCAACCACGAUGGAAGUGUUGAUGGAACCCCUACUCAAACCAUUUACAGUGCAAUAAUGAUCAAAUCCGAGUCCGCUGGGCACGUGAUUAUAACGGGCGUUAAAACAAAUCAGUACUUGUGCAUGGACAGAAGUGGGAACGUUUUCGGAUAUCACGACUUCAACCAUGAUGACUGCGUUUUUAAGCACGAGACUCUGGAAAACAACUUUGACGUUUACCAUUCUCCAAAACACAACUAUGUGAUCAGCCUCAAGGAGCCCAAGCAUCGUUUCCACCCCGGUAUGGACCUACCUCCUUACUCCCAAUUCCUGUCCUUGAAGAAUGAAAUCCCCAUAACCAGAUUUAAUGCGCCAGAGCCUGAAAUGAGAAUACCUGAAAGCAACUUUGCUGACCCCAAUGACAUCAUAAAGAACCUAAGGAACUGGGACUUUUCACAGUCUAUUCAUAACCCUUUUCAGGAUGUCUGGUUGCCAUUCCCCAGUGGUUCUUUACCAGUCAUUAGAGCUCCUUUGCCAAUAAUUCAUAACAAUGUCAUUAAUACAGAUGACCCAGAAGAAAUUGUGAAAAUGAAAACAUACAGAUAUUUUAAGAGGUAGUCAUGUCAAUGUAACAAACGGAGUCACAAUGAAUUAGAGUCUGGAUUUAGCUUUUUAUAUGACUUCAUCAGGACUCACAGUCCAAGGAAACAAUGCAUAUAGAAAUUUCAUGUAGGCAUGUAUCAUGUAUCAUGCAUUUUUAGCACUUUAUAUGCAGAGAAAAACUUAAUGCACUGGAAGGAUAGAAAAUCAUAACAAUCAUAUCUUGUAAGAGUGGACCAAGUAUUUUUGAUGCCCAAGGCAAUGCUAUUUGGCCCUGGCGCCCUAAAUGCUUGCUCCUAAACCAUUGUCUUAUAUCCCCCUGGUGGUUGGUCUACAAGACACCAACUCUUCACCUGCUACCCACUCCAACUUACUGCACUGGAGGCACAUGC